UGCAGCGCGCAGCUGCCAGGACCCGCAGCACCCGCCCCGCCUCCGGCUCGCGUCUCCAGCAAAGCGUAGGCGGCGCCGUGGCCAGCGACCUGCUGUCUGUGACCGCGCUGGAGGCUCAGGGCCGCCGAGGUCUCCAGGAAUUGGGUGGAGGAUGCCAGAGCCACGAGCGGAGGCCACACGGGACUAGGGUGGUAGCGAGCGUCUUCGGGGAAGUUGUGGCGGAGCUGUAGAUUGCGGAGGUUUGACUGGCCUUGGCGUGUCGUGGGCUCUGAAGGCCGCCGGAGCCCGGAGUGCUACACCGGACCGGCCGGCCCCAGGCCGGAGCGGUGGGAAGGCUCUGCCGGGCCUGGCACUCGUGCUUCCCACAGCGAGGGUGCAUCAGCGCUGGAGCCUCCUUCGUUAGUAGUCAGCAGCACUCCAGUCAUUUCUCUGAGGGGAUUCGAAACGUGGCGCGAUGAGGAGCCGGAGUAACUCGGGGGUCCGACUGGACGGCUAUGCUCGACUGGUGCAUCAGACCAUCCUAUGCCAUCAGAAUCCAGUGACUGGCUUGCUUCCAGCCAGCUAUGAUCAGAAAGAUGCUUGGGUCCGAGAUAAUGUAUAUAGCAUCCUGGCUGUGUGGGGUUUGGGCCUGGCCUAUCGGAAGAACGCAGACCGAGAUGAGGAUAAGGCAAAGGCAUAUGAACUGGAGCAGAGUGUAGUGAAGCUGAUGAGGGGACUGCUGCACUGCAUGAUCAGACAGGUGGAUAAAGUAGAGUCCUUCAAGUAUAGUCAGAGUACUAAGGAUAGCCUUCAUGCCAAGUACAAUACCAAAACCUGUGCUACUGUAGUGGGUGAUGACCAGUGGGGACACCUGCAGUUGGAUGCUACCUCUGUAUACCUGCUCUUCUUAGCACAAAUGACUGCCUCAGGACUUCAUAUCAUCCACAGCCUAGAUGAAGUCAAUUUCAUACAGAACCUUGUGUUUUACAUUGAAGCUGCAUAUAAAACUGCUGACUUCGGGAUAUGGGAACGUGGAGACAAGACCAACCAAGGGAUCUCAGAACUGAAUGCCAGUUCAGUUGGAAUGGCAAAGGCAGCGCUGGAAGCACUAGAUGAACUGGACCUAUUUGGUGGAAAAGGUGGGCCCCAAUCUGUUAUUCAUGUCCUAGCUGAUGAAGUACAACACUGCCAGUCUAUCCUUAAUUCACUACUGCCCCGGGCUUCAACAUCCAAAGAAGUUGAUGCUAGUCUGUUGUCAGUGAUUUCUUUCCCAGCCUUUGCUGUCGAGGACAGCCAGUUGGUGGAGCUCACAAAACAGGAGAUAAUCACCAAGCUUCAGGGUCGUUAUGGUUGCUGUCGAUUCCUACGAGAUGGAUAUAAAACUCCUAAAGAAGAUCCCAAUCGUUUGUACUAUGAACCAGCUGAGCUGAAGUUGUUUGAAAACAUUGAGYGUGAAUGGCCAUUGUUCUGGACAUAUUUUAUCCUUGAUGGGGUCUUCAGUGGAAAUACUGAACRGGUUCAAGAGUAUAGAGAGGCUCUUGAAGCAGUCCUCAUCAAGGGCAAAAAUGGAGUCCCACUUCUGCCAGAGCUGUACAGUGUUCCUCCUGACAGGGUUGAUGAAGAAUAUCAAAAUCCUCACACUGUGGACCGAGUACCCAUGGGGAAGUUGCCUCAUAUGUGGGGUCAGUCUUUAUACAUUUUAGGAAGCUUGAUGGCAGAGGGAUUUUUAGCUCCUGGAGAAAUUGAUCCCCUGAAUCGUAGAUUUUCUACUGUACCAAAGCCAGAUGUUGUGGUUCAAGUCUCCAUUCUCGCUGAAACAGAAGAAAUCAAGGCCAUUUUGAAGGACAACGGAAUUGAUGUGGAGACCAUUGCUGAGGUGUACCCCAUCAGAGUACAACCAGCUCGUAUUCUCAGCCAUAUUUAUUCCAGUCUAGGAUGCAACAGUAGAAUGAAACUCAGCGGACGACCCUAUAGACUCAUGGGAGUACUCGGAACUUCAAAACUCUAUGACAUUCGGAAAACUAUCUUUACUUUCACUCCCCAGUUUAUAGACCAGCAACAGUUCUACCUGGCUCUGGACAACAAGAUGAUAGUGGAAAUGCUCAGAACAGAUCUUUCCUACCUCUGUAGCCGCUGGAGGAUGACAGGCCAGCCCACCAUCACCUUCCCCAUCUCACACACCAUGCUUGAUGAAGAUGGAACGAGCUUGAAUUCAAGUAUCCUGGCAGCACUCCGAAAAAUGCAGGAUGGCUAUUUUGGUGGGGCAAGGAUUCAAACAGGUAAAUUGUCAGAGUUUUUGACCACAUCCUGCUGCUCGCAUUUGAGCUUCAUGGAUCCUGGACCUGAGGGUAAGCUGUACAGUGAAGAUUAUGAUGACGAAACCUAUGAUGAGCUUGAAUCUGGCAACUGGAUGGAUGGCUUUGAUUCAAUCAAUAAUGCUCGCUGUGGUGAUGAAGUUGCUCGUUAUUUAGAUCACCUUUUGGCGCACACUGCUCCCCAUCCUAAACUAGCCCCUACCUCACAGAAGGGAGGGCUAGAUCGGUUCCGAGCUGCUGUGCAAACAACCUGCGACUUAAUGUCCUUGGUGACCAAGGCCAAGGAACUCCAUGUACAGAAUGUUCACAUGUAUCUUCCUACAAAGUUAUUUCAGCCUUCUCGGCCUUCAUUCAACUUACUUGACUCGCCUCAGUCCCCACAAGAUGACCAGGUUCCCUCUGUUCGUGUAGAAAUGCAUCUUCCUAGAGACCAAUCUGGGGAGGUAGACUUUGAAGCACUGGUUUCACAAUUAAAGGAGACCACAAGCUUACAGGAACAAGCUGAUAUUCUCUACAUGUUGUAUACUAUGAAAGGACCUGACUGGGACACUGAAUUGUAUGAAGAAGGGGGUGCUACAGUCAGAGAGCUUCUUACUGAACUAUAUGGCAAAGUUGGAGAAAUUCGUCAUUGGGGCCUGAUUAGAUACAUCUCUGGGAUAUUAAGGAAGAAAGUGGAAGCACUUGAUGAAGCCUGUACAGACCUUUUAUCCCACCAGAAACAUUUGACAGUGGGACUCCCUCCAGAACCUCGAGAAAAGACCAUCUCUGCACCUCUGCCCUAUGAGGCACUUACUCAGCUGAUAGAUGAAGCCAGUGAAGGGGACAUGAGUAUUUCAAUCCUUACACAGGAAAUAAUGGUAUAUCUAGCCAUGUAUAUGCGAACCCAGCCUGGCCUCUUUGCAGAAAUGUUUCGACUUCGAAUUGGUCUGAUCAUACAAGUUAUGGCAACAGAACUGGCCCACUCCCUUCGAUGCUCAGCUGAAGAAGCCACAGAGGGCCUAAUGAAUCUCAGUCCUUCAGCCAUGAAGAACCUCCUACAUCACAUUCUCAGUGGCAAGGAGUUUGGUGUGGAACGAAGUGUUCGUCCCACUGAUUCAAAUGUCAGUCCUGCUAUUUCUAUCCACGAGAUUGGUGCUGUUGGAGCAACCAAAACAGAACGAACUGGGAUCAUGCAGUUAAAAAGUGAGAUAAAACAGUCCCCUGGGACCUGUAAUACUCCAAAUAGUGGGUCCUUUCCUAGUGCAUUUGGUCAGCAGACAACUAGAGAUAGUCGUCAAGGUCAAUGGCAACGCCGGAGAAGGUUGGAUGGAGCCCUGAAUAGAGUCCCAGUUGGAUUUUAUCAAAAAGUUUGGAAAAUUUUACAGAAGUGUCAUGGACUUUCUGUGGAAGGUUUUGUUCUUCCUUCUUCAACUACUAGAGAGAUGACUCCAGGUGAGAUUAAAUUCUCUGUCCAUGUGGAGUCUGUCCUGAAUCGUGUACCUCAGCCAGAGUAUCGCCAGCUUCUGGUUGAAGCCAUCCUUGUCCUCACCAUGCUAGCAGAUAUUGAAAUUCAUAGCAUCGGAAGCAUCAUUGCUGUGGAAAAAAUAGUGCACAUUGCCAAUGACUUGUUCCUUCAAGAACAGAAAACUCUCGGCGCAGAUGAUAACAUGUUGGCAAAGGAUCCUGCAUCUGGCAUCUGUACUCUUCUGUAUGACAGUGCACCCAGUGGCAGGUUUGGCACAAUGACCUACCUCUCCAAGGCAGCCGCCACCUACGUGCAAGAGUUCCUGCCCCACAGCAUCUGUGCCAUGCAGUGAGGGCUUUGGGUCCUGGCUACUAGGAGUCUUUUGACAGCUGGUCCCUGUCUCAGUUGAUUGUGCAUGGAACUGAAAUGUUAAUGCCUGAUCACUCCCCCCUUCCCCUUCCUGUCCCAUCCUCCCAAGAAGAGAGAACUUUGCUGAUAAACUAACUGCUUUAGAAGAAGUGAACCCUUACCUGGAGACUCACCUCCAGUGCAUCUGCUCAACAAAGCCUUUCAAUUAUUGUCAAUUCUUUCAUGGUUCAUAAAAGUUGCAUGUGUUUUUAUUCUAUAGAUCUAUUGCCAGCUUAGUUUUCUAACUCCUGUUUGGGGAGCAGAUAUUAAUAAUAACUUAUUCCUAAAGUUUGUUUUUUCUUAUGUGUGGUUUUAUUGUAUAUAUGAAUGGUGGAUGCUUUGGGACAUUCUUUCCAGUGAGUAGACUAAAUUGUUAGAUUUUACACUGCUGUAAAUUGAAAAUAUCUAUUCUAAGUGCCUUUUAUUAGGAAAAUAGAGUACUAGAUCAGUUGGGUUCUUUUUCACUCACAUGUUUCCUCACACUGAUGAAGUAUUCUGCAUAGAAUUAUUGUCUCUCCUGUUGUCCUGUUGGUACCUGUACACAUAGCCUGUACACAUUCUCACAUUGGUAAAAUAUUUUUAAAAAGCAUGCACAGAAUGUACAUUUAAGGAUUUCUGUAUUAACACUUGAAACCACAUUUUAUGGAGAUUGCUGUUACUCAGAGAUGUGCUUGUAGCAGAACAUGUGGAAUAACCCAGACAAAUGGAAUCGGUACCCCAAUUCCAAAGAGAAGGGAAAGGAGGGAAGACACCUGGGCAGUGUCUUAUAAAUGGGGAGUUGAGAGGACAUCAGAUGUGGGUUGGUUCCCUACAGACAUCCUUGUGCACCAAAUCCUUGCCUCUGAAGAGGGGGCCAAGAGAGUAAUUGAGCCUGUCUUCAGCAAAGAGAAAUCCAACAGUCCAAUCUAUAGCUGUUUUUCCAAGCAUCCUCCUCUUGUGUUCUUAGUCUCUGCCUCACUUGUCUACUCACAUUUGCCACAUCCAACUAGCCCCUCUCAACUCCCUGCCCUGCAUCCAUUCUUAAAAUCUUUCACUUAUAAUUUUACUUUCUAAUUAAAGUGCUCAUGUCCCUAUAUAUCUUGGUAUCUAUGGGCAUAUAUCUGUUUCUUAUGAACAUCUCUCUGUAUGUAUGUGUGCAUGUAUAUAUGUAUAAUUAGUAAAAUAGUAUGGAAAUAGUUUGAUAUACCUGUACAUCUUAUCCUAUAUCUACAUUUAGCAGACCAAGUAAGUAUGUAUGUAUGAAUGUCACAUUUGAGAGUGGGCAUGACUGUUCUCACGAUGACAAAACUCAGUAGAUUAAAAACAACUUCAAUCCUUUUGUCUGAGCCUAUGUGUAGUUAGCCUAGCUUGAUAAAGAUUUCUCAUAAUUUUCCUUCUGAUUUGCUGGCAAAACCCUACUAAUUUCCAUUUGUAUUCAGACAAUUCCCUACUUCAAUCCCCUUCAUUCCCUCAUAUUUUAAGAGUUUUCUCCAAGAACAUGAAUGGGGAGGGUGGGGAUGGGAGAUUCUAAACACUUCAUUUUGUAAGUAUAUGGAAUAAGUGAGCACAGUAGAGUAAUAGAAAACAGAUGGUGGAAACAAAGAGACUAUGGUCCACUUUUCAGUGCCUCUCUCCCAACAAAUGGAAACACACAGUUAGUAGCUUUUUUAUUUUUCUGGUUACCUUUAAAGAAAAGUACAACCUGUUCUGAAAUCAUUUGUCUUUUCACUAGCUGAAAGUGUACCCCAGUCACAGGAAGUACAUCUAGAGUGUCAGAGGCAAAAGCCACCACUCCUUCUUGCACUCAUUUCUCUGAAUGAACACUGAUGGCUGCAUUUCUCUUGGUUUUCUAAGUUGUAUAUCAUUAUGAUCCCCAGACAGAUGCAUUUAACUUUUAAAGGAAAAUUUCAGAAAACUCUUCUGAUGUUUUGUUCAUUUUAGGUGUGUGAUACUAAAAAAAGACAUGUUAGACUUUUUUUUUAAAAGCACUUGUGUUUUGAAAAUAGAAUAAGAAUUUCCAAUUAAAUAAUAUCUGAUAUCAAUGCACAAAACUU